ACGCCCCGUCACCAUAGCAACGACUGACAACAUCCCAUCUGGCAGCAUAAGUCAUAAUAACUUCCUCCCAGGUGAUUGUUACAGUGUUACAGUGUUACUCGUGCGUCUGCGCUGCUCUGCGUCUGUUAUAAUCAAACAUGAGUGAAGAAGAAGAUGAAGCAGCAGCAUCUGCAGACCUGCUGUACCUGAGCAGAAGAGCCCUGAAGAGCAUCCCAGCAUCUGUGUUCAACACCACACAUCUACAGAGUCUGUAUCUGGAGGGGAAUGAGAUCAGCGGUCUCCCUGAGCAUUUCUUCAGCUGUUUGUCGUCUCUGGUUUGGUUGGAUGUGAGGAACAAUCGACUCUCAGGUUUACCAGCCACCAUCGGACAACACCGGUGCUUGAAGACGCUACUGUUGGAGGGCAACCCGAUCUCAGCACUUCCUCCAGAGCUGGGUCACGUGAUCACGCUGAAGGCCUUGAGUCUCCGGAAGUGUCCGCUCUUGUUUCCUCCUCAAGACGUCUUGGACCGCGGCCUGCCUUCCAUUCUCCAUUACCUGCGCUCCUCACGACUGAGUGACGAGGCUGCUGCCGUGGAGAAGCUGUGUCUGUCUGAACUGGAUCAGUGCGAGGAGGACGAGCCGGAGAUAUUGCGCUUCGAGGAGCUCCGGCGCAGGAUGAUCCAGAUGGAACGGGCUGAAUUAGGGUCAGCCGGCGACGGAGGAACCAGAACACCCAGCUGGAUCCCAUCACCAGACCGAUCUCAUCAGCAGCUGCUUUAUUAGAUUCUGCUGCUGAUGAACAUCACACGGGUCUCUGUGUCUGCACUCGCUGAUGUACUGAGGAGCCCAGCAGUCUAGUGAGAGUUCAGACUCUUACAAAUAAAGGUUCCACAAAGUCUGUCGGUUCCAUGAUGAACUUUUAACAUCCAUGGAGCCUUUCCAAGGUCUUUACAGUGGAAAAAGGGUCCUUUGAGUUUUAAAAUGUGACCCUGGACCACAAAACCAGUUUAUGGUUUGUUAGGAUAGGAUCAUAUUUGGCUGAAAUUUGGCUUGAAUCU